AUCAUUUUUUGACAGCCUCUUCAGUUUUGCACAAUCUUUCGCCUCCGGUGGUUUACGUGAUUUUGCGGAUUUUAUUAUAAUACAUUUUUAUAUUCGAGUUGUUCCCUUGUUAUCGAAGAGAUUAUCACGAAGUAGUCAAUCGGACUCCUCCUUCUUCACAGAGUAUUGAAUUUUUAGUUAAAAAGUUUCACCAUCAACGGAAUCAGUCGUCGACAUGUUGAAGAACAUUCUCGUCUCCAAAUGUGGCUCCUCGCGAUUCGGCCCCCUGACUCAAAUGCGGCAGUUUAGCCUGCAAUCGGCCAAACACUCCAAGCCGCGCACGGCCAUCGUCAUGCUCAAUAUGGGAGGCCCACAAACUACGGAUCAAGUGCACGACUAUUUGCUCCGAAUCAUGACCGAUCGCGAUAUGAUUCAGCUUCCCGUUCAGAGCAAGCUCGGGCCCUGGAUCGCCAAACGUCGUACCCCCGAAGUGCAGAAGAAGUACGCCGAAAUCGGUGGGGGAUCCCCCAUUUUCAAAUGGACCAACAUCCAGGGUGAACUGCUCUGCAAACAGCUGGACAAAGUGUCGCCGGAAACGGCGCCACACAAGCAUUACGUCGCCUUCCGCUACGUAACCCCCCUAACGGAGGAUACCCUGAAGCAGGUGGAACAGGAUCAACCGGAACGGGUUGUCCUGUUCUCGCAGUAUCCUCAGUACAGCUGCGCGACGUCCGGUUCUAGUUUCAAUGCGAUCUACACCCACUACAAAUCCAACAAGAACGGACUGGCCAACGCCAAGUGGAGCGUUAUCGAUCGCUGGGGCACGCAUCCCUUGCUGGCCAAGACUUUUGCCGACAAAAUCCGUAAGGAGUUGGAGAAAUUCCCCGCAGAGAAGCGCAAAGAUGUGAUUCUACUAUUCUCGGCCCAUUCGCUCCCGCUGAAGGCGGUAAAUCGUGGCGAUGCGUACCCCUCCGAAGUCGGGGCGACCGUUCAGAACGUCAUGGAACACCUAAAGUACUGCAAUCCGUACUGCUUAGUGUGGCAAUCGAAGGUUGGCCCACUGCCCUGGUUGGAACCGUUCACCGAAGAUGCCAUCAAAGGCUACGUCAAGCAGGGCAAGAAAAACUUCAUCCUGGUGCCGAUUGCGUUCGUCAACGAACACAUCGAAACUCUGCACGAGCUGGACAUCGAGUACUGCCAGGAGUUGGCCCACGAGGUGGGCGCGGAGAAGAUUGGUCGAGCGGCAGCCCCCAAUGAUCAUCCCUUGUUCAUCGAUGCCUUAACCGAUGUGGUGAGCAGCCACCUGAAGGAUGCCAAUGCAGUAAAUCCGAAAUUCCUUCUGCGGUGUCCAUCUUGUGUGAACGCCAAGUGCUCAUCCAGCAAACAGUGGUACCGGGAAAUGUGCAAUUAGUAGUGGGAGGCAUUUUUUGAACUGUUCGAUUUAAUGGUGAAAAGGCGAGUUUGCUUUGGUUAGUUGUUAAUAUAUUUUAAGGAAUAUAAAGAAGAAGUUGAUUUGCACGUAAGUA